AUGGAUGAACACAACUUCAUCGAUGGAAUUCUUCAAGACAUACUUCUCUCGAAUUUUGAAAAAAUAUCAAGUAGAAUUAUGGUAGAAUGGGAUAGGAUUUGCGGUAGAAUUUCCCGGGGUUUUCCGAUGCUUGCCACCCCGGCUGAUUAUGUGCGCAAGAACCUCAGUUGCGACUCGUCCCUAAUGGACUAG